AUGGAAAUAACAAAAGUUGUAGGUCAUUUUAAAAACUUUAGUAAAGAAUUAAUUGAGAAGGAUAACCACUUUAGUGAUAACUUAAAAUAUCUUUUAGUGUAUUUAUUGUGUAUGGUUUUCUAUGUAAUAAAGGAUAAAUGUAAUGAGUUUGGCGAAAUAAUUGAUAAUAUCUUAAUCAAAAAACUAAAAGAUGGGCAAAGUUUAGAAGAUGUAAUCUUCUGUAUAUGCUUUAUAGCAUUUUCAUUUAGUUGUUUUAUUCCAAAAUGUGAUCUUGGUUUAUUUUUUAUUUCAUUUAUUUCACUAUCAAAGUUAAAUGAUUUCUAUGAAAAAUAUUUAAAUCGAAUUAACUUCUUAAAAGAUAAAAAUGUUAAAAUAGUUUUAGCAGUAAUUGGAGUUUUAUUGAUUUAUUUCAUGUUAAAAUUCUUUAACAAAAUGAUAACGUACAUCAUUUGGAUUGUAGCAAACAUUGUUUUAGUAACUGGUUGUGUAAUUUUGUGUUAUGAACAGAUAACUAAGGAAAGUCAUGGAGAUAUCCUAAAAAUUCUACUUUACAUUUUAUUGUUUUUAGGGCUAUUUAUUGUUGUGGAAAAAUUUUUUAAAAUUUUAGUUCAAUCAUUUGCAUACAUUGCUAAUGCAAUAAUGUGUAUUUGUGUAUUGGGUUUUUUUUGUUCUAAUUAUUUAGAAAUUGAUUUUUUUACUUACGUGCUUAUUUACUUAAAUGAUGGAAUGGAAUUAAUUUUUAAAGAUUUAUUAAAUAAAGGUGAAGGUGAAACUGUAAUUGAAAUUAAAGAUUUGAUUGAAAAGUUAGAAGAAUUCUGUAAAGAUGAAACAUGUUUCAAUUAUCUUAUGUAUGUUUAUUUACAAAUAUUUAUUUGUUAUGUAAUUUACAAUUUAAUUGCCUGUAUCUUUUUCAAAGGUUGUAGUGGUCAAAAAGAAAAGGAAGUACAUCACUAUUACGAAUUACAGCAACCAAGAAAGACAGUAAUAUUAUAA